CACAUCGCAUCUUGACUGUCAAAACAACAUCUACAACAAGAUCAUGUCGACGAUUGUCGACGCCCGCCCGCGCGGCUCCUACAUCCCCGCCGACUGCCCAGACUGCAAGGCGCAGCAAGAGUAUGUCGUGCCGCCCACAUACAUUGGCAACCUGCGUAUCCGGUGCAGCGAGUGCAAGGCGCUGUUCCAGCACCCGCAGCCGAGACCUGGUGCCGGCGCCGGCGCCAAGGCGAGCGCUGGCACGUCGUCCACGAGCGCACGCAGCGGGCCAGGCGCCGCCGGCUCGUCGCGCCGCCCAGGGAUCGGCACCGACGCCAACCCGAUCGACAUGGCAUACUACGAUGUCCUGGGCAUCUCGGCCACCGCGACCACGGACGAGAUCAAGAAGAGCUAUCGCCGCCUCGCGAUCAAGCUGCACCCCGACAAGAACCGCGAUGACCCCGACGCCGAGGAAAAGUUCAAACUCAUCGCCGUGGCGUACCAGGUGCUGUCGGACCCCGACCAGAGGAAAAAGUACAACGAGUUUGGGCAGAAGAAUGGAGGCGGAGGCAACGACGCGGCCUUCCACGACCCCGAGGAGGUGUUUGGCAAGAUGUUUGGUGGUGACCGGUUCGAGGACCUUAUCGGCAGCGUCAGCAUUGGCAAGGACAUGAAGGACGUGUUCCAGCAGCAGCACGAGGAGGAGUCUCUUAACGAGUACAUGAUCGGCCCGAACGGCAAGCCUGUGCUCACACCCGAGGCACAGGCGCGCAAGACGGAGCGUGAGAGACAGCAGGCCGAGGAGAAGGCCAAGGAGCGCAAGGAGCGCGUCGACAAGCUCGCUGCCAACCUCAUCCGCAAGAUCAGCGUGUUCACCGAGGCAGCACGCGGUGCCGAUGACCCGCAGGUCGGCCCGUCAUUCAAGGAGAUCUGUCGUCUCGAAGCCGAGGACCUCAAGGACGAGAGCUUUGGUGUCGACCUGCUUCACUCGCUCGGCAGGACGUACCAGUCGCGCGCGUCGCAGCACCUCGCGACAGCGACGUUUGCGCCUCUGGGCUGGUUCCACGGCGCCAAGAACACGUUCAACCAGGUGACGGACACGGUGUCGACGCUGCGCGCGGCGCUGGACCUCAAGGCCGUGUUUGAAAAGCUGCAGGCGGCCGAGCAGUCUGGUGUGUCGCCCGAGGAGCUCCGCAAGCUCGAGGAACAGGCGACCGAGCAGGGUAUGCGCGUGCUGUGGAAGGGCGCAAAGCUCGAGGUCGAGAGCGUGGUGCGCGAGACGUGCGACAAGGUGCUCUCUGAUCCCAACGUGUCGCGCGAGAAGAGGGAUUUACGCGCCGCCGCCCUCAACCUCAUGGGUGAGGCCUUCCUGUCUGUCAAGAAGGGCGAGGAGGGCUCCGACGCCGAGUUUGUCAAGAUUGAGACGGCAGCGUCCAAGCAGCGCGACGCGGCCCGCGCUGCCUCGCCCGCCAAGCCCCCAGUGUCCGACCACAAGCAGGCGCCACCAGCGUACGCGACAUAUGAGAGCAAACGCAAGCAAUAGCCACUAUCUGGCGCAAGCCACGACGUAGGCCACGAAGCAGGCCACGACGCAAUCGACGCCACCCCAUUGAUCUGUCCCUAGAGCAUAGCCGCUAGACUUGUUGUGAUAUAAUGCAGAUUGUGAUACAG